AUGUCUCCAGGCGAUCCGCAGACCGCCCGGUCGAGGGGCUUGGUCGGUAAGCCGUUGCUCUAUUUCACGAGCGUGUUUGUGUCGUUAGGCGUCUUCCUGUUUGGAUAUGAUCAGGGUGUUAUGUCAGGCAUCAUUACUGGAGCUUAUUUCCGGGACUACUUCAACCAGCCCUCACGCGCCGAGAUUGGUACGAUGGUGGCUAUCCUUGAAGUCGGUGCUCUUAUCGCCUCGCUUUCGGUCGGGCGAAUUGGUGAUCUCAUUGGCCGACGCAGGACGAUUUUAUACGGAGCCAUGAUCUUCUUUGUUGGAGGUAUGCUUCAGACAUUCGCCAAUGGCAUGCCAAUGAUGAUGUUGGGAAGAAUCAUUGCCGGUUUGGGUGUUGGUGCUCUAUCGACAAUUGUACCGGUGUACCAAUCCGAGAUCAGCCCGCCCCAUAACCGCGGUAAACUCGCGUGCAUAGAAUUCACUGGAAACAUUUGCGGUUAUGCUGCCAGUGUUUGGGUCGACUACUUCUGCAGCUACAUCAAAAGCGACUUUGCUUGGCGCAUACCUCUGCUAAUGCAGUGUUUCAUGGGUGCACUUCUGGGCUUCGGCAGUCUGAUCAUUUGCGAGUCACCGAGAUGGCUCCUUGAUAACGAUCACGACGAGGAAGGUAUCAUCGUCAUUGCCAACUUGUACGGGAAAGGCGACAUACACAACGACAAGGCUCGCCAAGAGUAUCGUGAGAUCAAGAUGAACGUCCUCAUACAACGGCAAGAAGGUGAACGCAGUUACACAGACAUGUUCAGGCGAUACUACCGGCGCGUGUUCAUCGCCAUGUCAGCGCAGGCGUUUGCACAGCUGAACGGUAUCAACGUCAUCUCAUACUAUGCACCAUUGGUAUUCGAGUCGGCUGGCUGGUAUGGUCGGGAUGCGAUUCUCAUGACCGGCAUCAAUUCCUUCACUUAUCUGGCUUCGACGAUACCGCCAUGGUAUGUUGUCGACAAAUGGGGCAGGCGCCCGAUUCUGCUCAAUGGAGCGGUGGCCAUGAUACUCUCCUUAUCGGCCAUCUCAUUCUUCCUCUUUCUCGACAUUCCGUCAACGCCUACUCUCGUCGUCAUCUUCGUCAUGAUAUAUAAUGCCGCAUUCGGUGCCAGCUGGGGCCCGAUCCCAUGGUUAUACCCGCCAGAGAUCCUACCUCUCAGCAUACGAGCAAAAGGCGCAAGCUUAAGCACGGCUAGCAACUGGGCUUUCAAUUUCUUGGUGGGUGAAGUGACGCCAGUCCUGCAAGAGGCGAUCAAAUGGCGUUUGUACUUGAUGCAUGCAUUCUUCUGCGCUGUCAGCUUUGUCCUUGUCUACUUCCUAUAUCCAGAGACUGCGAACGUGCGUCUCGAAGACAUGAAUGCACUCUUCGGUGAUGCAACGACUGCGAUGCCUACACCGGUGUCCCAAGCGCAAGAGCACGACGCUCAUGGGAAUGGGAUCGCCAUCUUCCAUCGAUAUUCGACAAGGCGGACGACGCUAUUCCUGGUCUCGACAUCGACCCGCCCAACCUGGAGAUUGGCCCAGAUGGACGUCCGAUGGAAAGCACUAGCCGUGGCAGGCAAGCGGAAGGAGAAGGGCUUGGAGGCUGGAUCGGUCGGAUGGUGUCGCGCUCGAGGCGAGAUCGGAGUGAUGACGGAGGCAAAGGGCGGUAUGGGAAGGUGGGACAGGAUGACGAUCAAUGACCUCCUCUUCCUGACCGUGCUGGAUGAGCUGGCUGCUUGGACGGGUCGUUGUUAUCUGAAUGAGAUGGGAGUUAAGAGGGCAUUCUUGGUCUUGAUCUACGCAUGUGAUAGCAAGUGGUGGACCACAUGCGCACCACCUAUACCCGAGCAGUGCGCACAAACAGGCUAG